AUGAUUGAUGAAAAAGAAGUGUUGAUUGUUGGAAGUUUUAAAUUCCCAAAAACCCUAUCAAUAACCUAUAUUUUAAUUAUUCUCUAUAAUAUCACAUUUCAAUUGCAAUAUACAGCAAUUCCUUAUUUAAUUAAACAUAUCGGAUUAUCAGAAACACAAUUUGGAUGUAUUCAAACAGUUUCUGGAGUUCUUCAAAUGAUUGGAGGACUUUUAUGUGGAUAUGUUAUUCAAAAAUUCGGAAUUCGAUUUGCUUUAUUUAUCUCAUAUGGAUCUAUGUGUAUCUCAGGAAUCGGGUUAUUUUUUGCAUUUGAUUAUCAAUCGAUGCUUUUUCUGCAAAUUCCCUCACUUUUUAUGCAAGGAGUUCUAACACAUCAAAUAUUAUUAGCCAGUUUAACAAAUGCUGGAAAAGAAAGAACGAGUGCAUUUGCAAAAAUGGGAUCAACUUUAGGAAUUGGCUAUUUUCUGAUCCCAGUUUUUUCAAUAUCUUCUACGGAACUUUUUGGAGUCAAAGCCCCAUUUCUAGUUUCAAGCGUAUUUUCAGUAUUCCUAUGUUUCCUAGUUUAUCGUUUCGUGGAAUAUAAAAAAGAAUCAGUUGAGAAUCCGACGCAUGCAACUAUCAAAAAUAUUUGUUAUACUAUGAAAUUGCCGGGGGUUUUCAGUAUUUUGGUGAAGAAAAAUGGACCAAUUGUGCCGUUUCAACUAGUCAUGUCGGUUUUGAGUGUAAGUUUUUGAUGAAGUGCAAAAAAAAUUUCUAAGAAAAUAUUUUCACAUCAGAAUCUUACAUAUUUUUUUUCAAAUUUCAAAAAUUUAACUUCUACAAUAACUAUGUUCUUUUCUAACCUGAGCAAUGUUUUCAGCUUUAUAUGAUUCAAAACAUGCACGCAACAAGUACAAAUGAUCAAAUGAUUCAAGGAUUUAUUGGAAGCUAUAUAAUUAUUUCCAAUUAUUUCGGUGUAAUUUAUCUAGCCAAAAAAUUCGACGAGCAACAACUUUUAAUAAUUGGAAGUUUAUCUUUUGUGAGUUUUUCGAAAUUCAUUUGACAAUUUCUAACUAAAAUAUGUUUACAGUUAAUUGGUUACAUCCUGUUGACAUUCAUUUUUCAUGAUUUUUGGAUGAUACUAUUAAUCAUGCCGUUUUUAUCACUUGGAAUGAGUGUUGUGGCAACUUGCAGUGAUAGUUUGUUAACCACAUUGGUUGAUGAGACUGAACAGGUUUGUGAAUUCAAAGAAGGGGUUUAAAAGUUCGAAUGAGAAUAUUGUAAAGUCUAGACUAGAAUAGAAAAUGUGUGACUUUAUAGGAGAAUAUUUUUCACAUAAUUUUGAAACUGUUAAAUAGACACUAGACGAAAAUUCACUGAAAGCUAUUUGAAAGAUCAAUUUGAAAAAUAAUACGUUCCCUUUUCCCUUUCGAAGCAUUACUAAAAUCACACAAAAUUCGGGAAACCUUCUAACUUUCUGAAAAACAUCGAAUAAUUUUUCAGGGAAUUGUCCUUGGCACAGCAAGUGCUCUCAACUCUCUUUUCCGAACUUUUGCACCUUUGAUGGCUACAAAUAUUCUCAAAUCGUAUGGUUUCAAAUACAUUGCAAUGAUUGGAAUUAUCGGAUCAGCUUUUAGUAUUAUUUUGAAACUUCUUUCACCAAUCGAUGAAUCAUUAAUUAUUAAACAUAAGAAAAUUGACGAUUUAGAUGAAAAGAAACCGAUGGCUAAAUUAUGA